AUGAGCUCAGCUCUAGAUCUUGAUGGCUCUUCCAAGGGCACCGUGCUCAACGGCCCUUGCGACUGGAAACAAUGGAUUUCUAUCAUCAAGAAAUUCGCCACGUCCCACAGUCUUUGGGACUUUCUGGACCCUGCCGUCAAGGAGGGUAAGCCGGUUCUUCAGCAGCCAGUUGAACCAACAUUCCGACAAAUCAACCACGAAGCAUCUGAUCUCGUGGAUCUGACCUCGGAGGAAUUUCGCCGUCUCGAAUUCCUCCACACCCAAUACCGCUCGAAGCUUCAAGGGUAUAGGGAUCAAGUGAAGGCACUCGCCAGCCUUCAACAACACAUCGUCAAGACCAUCGGCAACUACUACAGCACCAUUGCCGAGGAACACGACGUUGCAAAGCAACUUGCCUUGCUUCAGGCUCGGCUUCCUGAUGUCCAGGACCUUCGCCCUACCCAAGAUUUCCUACAGGCUGUUUCGUCCAUCAACGCCCCAUUCACAGACUAUUGGGUCAACAAAAUGGAAGACGAGGCCGUAUUCGGCAAGCCUGAUUGGAAGACCGACUUCCCGGACGGCAUUAAGAUCAAUUGCUUCUAUCUCAUCAAAUCAGCUCGGCCUGAUGGCUGGACUCCUGAUCAGAAGGUUGAGAAGAAGAUCAAGGAAAUCCUCGACUCCAAUCCAUGGGCAAAGAAGAUGACGGAGAAAGCACAAGACUUCAAGAAGAAGGAAAUGGAGAAAUCGUCCGACUCCUCCGUUAAAGUCUACCCGCUGUAUGACUCCUUUAUCCUUGAUUCCGGAUCAGACACACACAUUUGCAACAACCGAUCCCGUUUUCUUGACUACACCGCCCUUGCAGAGCCAGAAGAGCUCUUUGCAGGCGAUAGUCAACUUCAGAUCCUUGGCUACGGCACAGUCCGCAUACGGCUGCAGAGCCUAUCCUUGACACCCCAGGCCCUUCAGAACAGACAGAAGAAGGACCUAAAGACCGACCCUCACACAGAAAUCGGUUAUCUCGUUGGAUAUGAUUCCACGAACAUUUUCAGGAUCUGGAUUCCGUCCACAUCAGAAGUCCGAAGGGUCCGAGAUGUGACCUUCAAUGAAAGCAUCUUCUAUGACGGAAAUGAUCAGCCACCAGAACCUAUCCUGCCGCGCGUGGAAGUACAGCUUCCAGCCCACAUCGAGGACGAGUCGGAUUACGAGGAAAUCCCCACUCAAAUCGAUGAACCUGAACCUGACCCCGUUGAGCAAUCUCCUCAACCUCAGACCAAGGAGACGCCACCACGAUUGUGGUACAACCCGAACCAUCUGAUCAUGAGGACUCGGAUGAUCAGGAUGAGUUUCAUGACAUUCAGCGCCCAUAUCCGACACCGGACCCCGUUCAGAGAAGGAGCCCACGCCGAGUGGAAAGCACUCCAACAGAGAGGAACCUUCAGAGCGGUCCCCAGAGACCAGGUCACGGGCAAGCUUUUGCCACUUACCUGGGUCUUUAAGUAUAAGUUCGACAAGCAUGGCUUUCUUACAAAGUUCAAAGCCCGUCUUUGUGUUCGAGGAGAUCUUCAACAGCUGGGUGACAAGGACACCUAUGCAGCAACCCUUGCAGGACGUUCUUUCCGGAUUCUCAUGGCCAUCACCGCCAAAUUCGACCUUGAGACCCGACAGCUCGACGCAGUUAAUGCCUUCACAAACGCCCUCUUAGAAGACGACGAGGAGGUCUAUAAGGAACUCACUGCUGCAUUCAGAGAGCUUGGUCUUACACAGUGUCCCGACGAACCCUGCAUCUUCCAGAACGACUGGCUCACUGUUUUCUUCUUCGUUGACGAUAUUGUUUUCCUCUAUCGCAAGGAAAACGAGGACGCAGCUGAUGAGAUGGUUGCAGCCCUCAAGAGGAAGUACGCGAUGACAGACCAAGGGAAUUACAAUGGUUCCUUGGUAUCAGAGUCCUGCGUGACAGACCCAACAGGAAGCUUUGGCUAUGCCAAGACUCCUACAUUGAAAGGAUGGUUCAACGCUAUCACCCGCUCGGACAUAGCCAAGCCAGCGUCUAAACUAGCUGAAUUCCUCAACAACCCUUCCGAGCAUCACUCCAAGCUCGCAGACCAUCUGAUCGAUUACCUUUACGCCACUAGGUAUCUCGCCAUCCAGUUUUCAGGAAAACCCUGCCUCGACGAGGAUGUUGUUCCUCAGCUCCACGCUCAACAUCAUAGCGAUUUCCAAAGCGCAUCCGACGCUGCUUUCGCUGAUAAUAAAGAGACUCGCAAGUCAUCCCAGGGUUCAAUCCUUACCCUCUUCGGUGGCCCUAUUGCUUGGAAAGCCGCCCUUCGUCACGUUGACAUCCACACCUGUUGGGCUAGGCAGGCAUUUGAGAAAGGCCUCUAUAAGCUCACUUAUACGCCUACUUCCCAGAUGAUUGCAGACGGCCUCACCAAAGCUCUGCCAGGCCAGAAAUUUGCUACUUUCGUCAAACAACUCGGUCUCAUCGAUAUCUCUACGUUGCUAGGGAUCUAG